AUGAAAACAUUAAAUGACCCCGAGCGGGGAAUCUCAACAGAAGAACGGCACUGUGGAGCGAAUGAAGCCCCGGAACUGGAACGAUCUCGUCAAUCGGACUUGACAUUUGAUGACCUCCAACAAGUUCAGCUUUUGCAAGAAAAGGUUGAAGAAGCGCUACUUAUCGCGCAACUGAAUGUCAAAGUCAUCAAGAGUUUCUCAUAUCACCAAGAGAAGGAAGAUUACUAUAGUGGGAAUACCAGGAGUUUCACCACGUUUUAUCGCAGCGAGGCAGAGCCAUGGUUCCGUUCGCGCGUCGAGGAAACGAUAAAGGAGUUUGAAUCCUCACGCCCUCAACUAGAGUCGCUGCUGAAGCUAUUGGCGAACCGAAAGGAGCUUCUCAAAGACACCCUCCAAUACCGCAGCGUCAAAGCCAACGAAGAAACAGCAAACAAGACGAGACAAGAAGCUACAUCCAUGAAGAUCAUCACAUCGGUGACUCUGUUCUUUCUUCCUGCGACUUUCAUCGCCACCUUCAUGAGCACCAACAUCGUCUCCUACGAAAACGGCAACAGUAACAUCGAGACUGGCGGAUUGAAGACCUACCUCGCCAUCACGUUGCCCUUGACGGCACUCACGUUCCUGGCUUGGUAUGUCAUCUACAGGUACGCUAGGGAGACGGGCUUCUCGCGCAACCGAGGGGAAGAAUAG